AUGGUUGAGUGCGCGAAUGAAAUGCUCAAUGACAGUGAGUGCCGUGGGAGUAAAAGCAAGAAGAAGAAGAAGGAAGCGGCGAAGCCGCAAAGCGGGCACGAAAAAGCUGGAGUAGAAUGCAUAGAAGGGACAAGAAGAACAAGUAAAAGACAAGACAAGAAAGGCGACGACGAUGGUGAGGCUGAAAGUUGGAAUAGAGAGACGCUCUGUCAAAAAGAAGAAUACAGACAAAACGAUAAUUUUCAAAUAUAA